AUGGCCGACACCGAGGCCCCGCCGAAGCCGCAGGAGGUCACAGAGAAGCCGGUGGACUCGGAGGAACAUGCAGAGCCAGCGUCGCCGUCGUCAGAGGACGAGGACAGCAAUGCGAAUACCGCGUCCGAGCAGGCAUCCGAGGCCGCCGAAGAGAGUGCGAGUGCUCCCCCAGCGCCACAGGCACCACAGGCACCACAGGCACCAGAGAACCAGACAGACAUGCCCCCGCCGCCUACACCAUCGACACCCACCCUAAACAUACCCAAUGGCUCCGACGCGCCCCGAACCUCGGAGCAGAUGUUCGACCACCGCACAUCCGUCAACCGGCCGCGAACCGACUCGCAGUCCACAGCAGCCACUACAGCAACACGAGCCUCGACCCGCAGCUCCCUCGUCUUUGUCAUCACCGCACUCGAGACAAUCUCCGCGUCCAAGGAUGCGAAGAAGAACAAGAAGCUCGGCGAUGCGACCAGUGCUGCGCUGGCUGCCAUCAGGGCAGAGGGCGACCCGGCGCGCAUCAACCCCGAGAUCCUCUUCGCCCCGCUGCAGCUUGCCUCCGAGGCACCCAACGUCCCCAUCUCCAUCACCGCGCUCGACUGCAUCGGCAAGCUCAUCAGCUACUCGUACUUCUCCGUCCCGUCCGAACCGCAAGCCGACAACACCGAGGCACCCCCUCUGAUCGAGCGCGCAAUAGACACAAUAUGCGAUUGUUUCCAGGGCGAGGCGACACAGCCCGACGUGCAGCUGCAGAUUGUCAAGUCGCUGUUGGCCGCCAUCCUGAACGACAAGAUUGUGGUGCACGGCGCAGGACUGUUGAAGGCGGUGCGACUGACGUACAACAUUUUCCUUCUAUCCAAGUCGAGUGCCAACCAGCAGGUAGCGCAGGGCGCCCUGACACAAAUGGUUGGCACGGUAUUCGAGCGUGUCAAGGCAAGAUUGGCCGUCAAGGAGACGCGGUUGAACCUCUCGCGCGUAUCGUUGAACGACAAGGACAGGUCAGAAGAGAGCGUCCCGGAAGAAGCCGAGGGCAGCACACAGGGCAUCGAUGGCUCCCAAGUCAACGGCGAGGACGGAGAAGAGGAGCAGGACCCCGACUCUGCCGAACCAAGCGACAAAGCAGUCGACCAGCACGUGGGACCAAAGAUCACGCUACAAAGUUUCGAGAACAACAUGAGCUUCAACGACGACCGGAUACACGACAAUGCGCCGACGCUCGUCACACGAAUAAAGGGCAAACCUAGUUCGAGACAAGUCUCUGGGAACGACCCAUCGCCAAAUGCACAGAACGGCAGCGUGCACUCGGAAGAAGAUGAGGAAGACGAGAUCUUCGUCAAGGACGCGUACCUUGUCUUCCGAGCCAUGUGCCGGCUUAGCACCAAGAGCUUGUCCGUUGACCACGCGCAAGACGUACGGUCUCAAGGCAUGAGGUCCAAGCUGCUCUCGCUGCAUAUGAUCCAUACCAUUCUCUUCAACAACAUUGCUGUUUUCGCGUCUCCAUAUGCAACCAUCAGAAGUGGGAGUGGCGACGAGCCAACGACCUUCAUACAGGCCAUCAAGCAGUAUCUGUGUCUGAGCCUGAGCAGAAACGGAGCUAGCUCCGUCAAGCAAGUCUUCGAGGUAGCCUGUGAGAUUUUCUGGCUGAUGCUCAAGUAUCUGCGAGUCUCGCUCAAGAAGGAGGUAGAGGUGUUCCUGAAGGAGAUUUAUCUGGCCACGCUGGAUAAGCGCAGUGCUCCUCCAUUCCAAAAGCACUAUGUUCUGUCCAUAUUUGGGAGGCUUGCCGCAGAUCCUCGGGCGCUGGUAGAAGUCUACCUGAACUAUGACUGUGACCGUACCGCGCUCGAUAACAUGUACCAGCGUGUUGUUGAACACCUGUCCAAGGUGUCUAGCACUCAAGUCGCAAUCACUCCGAUGCAGCAGCAAGCAUAUCAAGACCAACGCGAGAAACAAGCAAGACAGAUGGAUUGGCAGACCCGAGGAACAAUGCCUCCCUCGUUGACUACAGUAUCCAUGGGCCACUCCCAGGAAGCCGAGCACGCGUACCCCCAAGAGUACGCUAUGAAGCAAGAAUCGCUCGAGGCAUUGGUCGAAAUUCUCAGGUCUCUGGUCAACUGGGCUCAGCAGGUUCUGCCUGAGGGCGGAAAGCCCAGUAACCAGGAUCUGAGGCCAUCUGUCGACGAUUUGAGAAUAUCGACCGAUACACGUAACCACACGGAGUCGCCCAUGGUAGGUAUCGACUCUGGCACUGUGACCCCACUUGCCGAGGACGACUACAGCCAGCUCGAGAAAGCCAAGCAUAGAAAGAUUGCACUCACAAAUGCGCUCCGCCAAUUCAACUACAAGCCAAAGCGCGGCUUGAAGACUUUGAUUUCCGAAGGCUUCAUUCCUUCAAAUGCACCUGAGGACAUUGCCAAGUUUCUGCUUGACAACGAGCAGAUUGAUAAGAUAGCACUGGGAGAAUUUCUCGGUGAGGGUGAUCAGGAAAACAUUGCCAUCAUGCACGCUUUCGUAGACUUGAUGGACUUCACCAAGACCCGAAAGAUUGAUCGCUUCAUGCUGAAGUUUGCAGAGAGGUACAUCACCGGGAAUCCAAAUGCGUACGCCAACGCAGACACGGCCUACGUUCUUUCAUACUCAGUCAUCAUGUUGAACGUCGACCAGCACAGCAAGAAGAUGAAGGGGCCAAGGAUGACACCAGAAGACUUCAUCAAGAACAACCGCGGUAUAAAUGACAAUGCCGAUUUGCCAGAGGACUACUUGCGCGGCAUAUAUGAGGAGAUAUCACACAACGAGAUUGUUCUGAAUACCGAACAAGAAGCCGCGGCUGACAAAGGCUUGAUCCAACAGCAACCAGCCGGAGGUUUGGCAACGAUUGGACAGGUCUUGACCGGCGGUGCGCGCGACCUGCAACGUGAAGCUAUUGUACAGGCUUCCGAAGCGAUGGCUAACAAGACCGAGCAGCUAUACAAGCAGCUUUUGCGGUCUCAAAGACGGACAGCUACCACGCUACCAGUGUCCAAGUUCAUUCCGGCCUCUUCCUCAAAACACGUUGGGCCCAUGUUCGACGUCACAUGGAUGCCAAUUCUUACGGCAUUGUCGAGCCAAGCACAAGACCACAACAUUGAAAUCAAUAUGGAAGCCUUGAAGACAUUGAUUGAGAUUGGCUCAACCGAAGGAAAUCUGCUGCGAGAGUCGUGGCGUGAGAUCUUGACAUGCGUGUCGCAGUUGGACCGCUUCCAGCUCAUCUCUGCGGGCAUUGACGAGCGAGCUGUUCCUGAUGUUCUUAAAACAACUUCAGGAACACCACAGUCACGCAAAACACUCACUACUCCUGCUAACCGAAGGCGGCCGAACUCUUCAGCAGGGAACAUGAACUUUUCAGCCGACGUGGCUGAAGAGAGCCGUUCAGCGGACGUCGUCCGGGGCGUCGACCGCAUUUUCACCAACAGCGCAAAUCUAUCCGGAGAGGCUAUUGUCGACUUCGUCAAGGCUCUCACUCAGGUCAGCUGGCAAGAGAUUCAGUCAUCGGGUCAAAGCGAGUCACCACGUACAUACAGUCUACAGAAGCUCGUCGAGAUCAGCGGCUACAAUAUGACCCGUGUCCGCUUCGAAUGGACCAAUAUUUGGCAAGUGUUGGGUGCUCAUUUCAAUGAAGUGGGAUGCCACACCAACACGAACGUCGUCUAUUUUGCCCUGAAUUCUCUACGACAAUUGUCCAUGAAGUUCAUGGAGAUUGAAGAGCUUCCGGGUUUCAAGUUCCAGAAAGACUUUUUGAAGCCUUUCGAGCAUAUUAUUAACAAUGCCAGUCAGGUUGCGGUCAAAGACAUGGUACUGCGCUGUCUGAUACAGAUGAUACAAGCGCGUGGCGAGAACAUACGAUCCGGAUGGAAGACUAUGUUUGGUGUCUUCACCGUAGCCGCGCGUGAGCCAUAUGAGGGCAUCGUCAACCUUGCAUUUGAGAAUGUGACUCAGGUGUACAACACGCGAUUUGGUGUGGUAAUCUCACAAGGUGCUUUUGCAGAUCUCAUCGUCUGUCUCACGGAGUUCUCCAAGAACUACAAGUUCCAGAAGAAGUCUCUGCAAGCCAUUGAACUCCUUAAGUCGUCUGUGCCCAAGAUGCUGCGCACACCCGAAUGCUCCUUGUCAGCUCGCGCUGGUUUCCUGAAGGACUCUGAGAAAGGUUCUUCAAUACCCAAACAGCCCAGUCGCCAAACCCAAGAGGAGCAGUUUUGGUUCCCGGUGUUGUUUGCCUUCCACGACGUUCUCAUGACUGGUGAGGACCUAGAAGUACGCUCUCGAGCACUGAGCUACCUCUUCGACACACUCAUUUCAUACGGAGGAGACUUCCCGCGCGAGUUCUGGGAUAUGCUGUGGCGCCAGCUGCUAUACCCUAUUUUCAUGGUUUUGAAGUCCAAGUCAGAAAUGACAAAGGUGUUAAACCACGAAGAACUGUCGGUCUGGCUCUCGACGACCAUGAUCCAGGCAUUGCGCAACAUGAUCAAGCUCUUUACCCACUUCUUCGAGUCAUUGGAGUAUAUGCUCGACCGCUUCCUUGACUUGCUCGCGCUCUGCAUCUGCCAGGAGAACGACACGUUGGCCCGGAUCGGCAGCAACUGUCUUCAGCAAUUGAUACUGCAGAAUGUUCAGAAGUUCGGACCUACACACUGGAACCAAAUAGUCAACGCUUUUGUAGAGCUGUUCCAACGCACAGAGGCAACUGCUCUCUUCUCCGCUGCGACUAGCGGCUCAGCCCAGGCAACACCAGUCAAUGGCUUCCACGAAACACCUGAUCAUUCAACUUCAAGCCCGCCAGGCGAACUCUCUCUUCAGACCCCCACAGAAGAAUCCCGACCAGAAAAUGCGCUCGGGAUCAACGGCCUAACACCCGCAAGACGCCCUUCGCUUGUGAAAUCCGACUCCAACGGCGACCAACGCAUGCCUUCUCCACUGCCCAAACGGCAAACUCAAGAACUUGAAGACUACCGUCCUGAGACUGCCGAUCUGCAACAACCUCCAGUCGUCGUGACUGCCGCGCGCCGUCGCUUCUUCAACCAGAUCAUCACAAAAUGCGUCUUGCAAUUGUUGAUGAUCGAGACGGUACAAGAACUCUUCACCAACGAAGCCGUCUACACCCAGAUCCCCUCGCCCGACCUCCUCAGCCUGAUGGCCGUGCUCAAGAAGAGCUACCACUUUGCCAAGCGCUUCAACGCAAACCGCGAGCUGCGCGGCCGCCUCUUCCGAGAAGGUUUCAUGAAGCAGCCACCCAACCUCCUCAAGCAAGAAUCCGGUUCCGCGUCCGUCUACGUGUCCAUUCUCUUCCGCAUGUACCACGACACCUCGCCUUCGCGGGCUGCUAGUCGCAGCCAAACCGAAGCCGCGCUCAUUCCCCUGUGCUCCGACAUCCUGGCUUCCUACAUCGACCUCGAUGAGGAAACUCAACAGCGCAACAUCGUGACGUGGCGCCCUGUCGUCGUCACGGUACUUGAUGGCUACGCGAAUUUCCCGGAGAAGGAGUUUGAUUCCAAUCUUGAGGUUUUCGCGCCGCUUGUUGUGGGGCUGCUGGGCACGGAGGUUAGUGGCGAAGUACAGAGGAGCGUGCAAGCGCUUGUCAUGCGCAUCUUUGAGAGAAGAUUGGGCAUGCAGACUGAGGGCGUCAAACUCAUGGAGAAGACGGGACUGAGGAGUCCGAGGGGCAGUUUUGUCGGUGGGAGUCCGUUGAUGAGAAGAGGGAGUAGUACAAGAGGCUAG